GCUUGAUUGAGUUACGUAUAAACUUCAAACGGUAAAUAUCAAUUAUUUUUUUAUACUUUAAUGGAUGCCCGAGGGAAGUUAAAUUUUUUAAGUUUCCUUAAUGAUUUAUUAGAUGAGCAACCAUUAUUCCUUCGACUCAAGCGCGUCGCGCAUUUCCCAAUAACUUCGACCCACCGGUUGCUGCAAGUUGCGCCCCAGAAAUCGCUCAAAAAUCACACAAACCCCAUGGAGAAGCGCUCCAUAAACCGUCGAUUACGCACAACAGGGAAAUAUGAUGAAAAUCGUCGCUACCAUCAAGGGCAUCAUAACUCGCCUGGUGUUUUCCUCGCACGGCUUCAUCGCCAUCUGGCAGGUCACUAUUUUCAAAAAGAACGAUUUUUAUUGGUACCUCACGUCCCCCAUUCUGCUGCUCUUCUUCGAAGGGAUCUUCACGUUGACCAUCAAGGAAAACCAGGAAUGGAAAUGGACUAUUUUCAUUGCUCAUUCCCUGGUCGCCAUAGGACAGGUGGCCUACAUGAAAAAUGAUAAGUGGUACUGGUACUUGUGCAUCCCGUUGCUUUUUAUGGUAUUAGAAACAGUGGUAACUUUAACUUUAACCAGGAAUCUGGAAUGGAGCUGGUUCUGUCCGUCAGUAUUUUUGUACCUGACGAGCAUUGUACCAGCAAUAUGGCUGCUGGAACUCGACAAAGUAGAGAGAAAAUUGAAAGCUUUGGAGGAUUUACCAAUGAACAUGACCACAGGAGCUCAAUUGAACGAUCUGAAAAGUUUGCUCGGAGUGGAUAUAAAAUUGCCGGAGAUCUCGCUGAGCACCGAAACUUGGAUAACUUUAAUAGAACAGUUCCUCAUGUUGAUACUGAUAAUUGGUAGAUGGAUGUUGCCAAAAGGUGAUCUCACGAGGGAUCAACUCAGCCAGCUGUUGCUCGUCUAUAUCGGAACGGCGGCGGAUAUUCUGGAAUUUUUCGAUUCGUUCAAAGACGAUAAAAUCGCCUCAGAGCCCAUUUUAGUCUGGCUCACGCUGGCCAUUUGGUCUUGGAGCUUAAUGCAAUUUACAGUCGUCCUGACAGCGACUAAAGCUAGAAAAUCAAGACUCACCACUACCACAUCAACAAUAGAACAAUCCGAUAAUUGCUGCAACAUCGACGUAUGCAGCAUCCUCCUCAACAUCACCCUCCAGGACCUGCCGUACCUGGCGUUCCGAUUGCUGCUGAUCAUGCACUACAAAAUCGUCACCUACAUGAACAUAUUCUUCACCUGCAAGAACACCCUGGUGAUAUGCCUGCAGGUUUACCGUUUGUACGUUGUGUACACGGAAAACAACAGGACUAAAACGGACCAAAAUGACGUCGAAAUGGCCUCCACGGUAUCCAUCAUCUCGAAUUUAUCCAGGAGCGACCUCACGUUCGAGCCUAGGAGAAGGCGCAGGCCCAGGGUGCAGCAGGAGAGCGUCAGGAGGCACAGCACGAUGAAGAGCCAAAAGAGCGCCAGCAGCAGAAGGAGCGAAGUGACUGACGAUAGCAGUGAUAGCGAUGGAAGCGGUACUAGCAGUAUUAGGAAACACAAAAAAACGAACACAAGGAAAGACACUGGAUAUUCCACGGCUAGUUCUCAGACAAGCGCUAGGAAUCACUCGCAGAGAGUUAAAAGUGCUGUGGAUAAUGGAGAUAGGGAAACGAGGAGGAUGAUGAAGCAGAAAUUGAAGCGUACUGAUAGAGAUUCGAAAGGUAAAAGGCAAUUAGAAGAUGUUUUUUCGGAAGAGAGCGUCGAAGAGGAGUAUCGAAACAACAGGAAAGACCGCAGAAGAGACCACAGGAGAGUCGAUAAGAAUUACGAAAAAAAUUCCACCGUUACAGUUAGUGAUCAUUCGACGGACUGACGACAUCAACUGGCCAUAAUGGCUAUAUUUUGCUUGUACUUGUUUAUUUUCGUAUGCUGUCUAUUUUUUAUAUAUUGUGGAAUUAACACCGAUGGCCUCGUCAUCGCCAAAGUGAAUAGGAAAAAUACAAGCGGGUAGAUCGUUGAGAAAACGGUAAAUAAAUAACUCAUCGAGUGUGUAAUGCCUUAUUCGAUCAUUUAGAUACAACUUGUCAUAAUUAAAUCUAAUAAAGUUGUCACCUGGCUGGAUUAAUAUGAAAUAAAAGUCGUUUCUUCUCGAGAGAAGCUAUUGUUGCG